CUGGGAGUGAGGUGAGAGAAGUUCGUUCCGAUAUCGGAGUCAGGCUGAGGGCGAGGGGAGCAGAAACCGGAGGGUGCGGUGCUCAGGCAGGUGUAUGGAGUUUACAAGAUGGCAGAGGGGAAUUUAAAUUUAAAAUAUCCACUCUGACUUGUAUCUUCAGCUGUUCAGCAGGCAGAUCCAUAUUACCAGAAAAGUAACUGAGUGAGCAAAACAAACCAGAAAAAACAAAAGAUGCCUCCAAAGAAAGAAAAGUCUCCUAAAUCAGCAAAGAAACAACAGCUGGACUCCAAAGGAUGGGAGGUAGGACUGUUAGCAGCUCAGAUUGAAGAGGACCAGUGGAAGCCAACUAUUUAUUUUGCAGUUGGUGAGAAGCUAGAGAAUGAGGUAUUCCUUGAUGCUCUGUCGGCAGCUAUCAAUGUCCCACUGCGUAAACUUUUCAGCGUAAUUUCUUGGAAAGGAACAAUGAAGCAGAUCUCUGAACUUGGAGACCCAAAGAAACAGAAGGCAAAUGAUCUUCCUAUGUUUUAUGAGAUCACAGAAGCAGCAUGGGCAUUGCUGGAUAAAGGAGAAGAGAUUCCACUGCCAUUGAUCUGUAAACUGAUCAAGUUCCAGAUCUUGUGCAUUAAACAGAAAGACCUCCAAAAAAGGAGGUUUGAAAAUAAACCCACGGGGGAAGCAGAGGCAACAGUGUUACCAAGUGCUGGCAAGAAAAAAACUGACAAAAAGUCUGCAGGCAAAGCAAAAGGCAAAGUAGAAAAGAAAUCUCCUGAACCACCAGUUGCCAAAAAGACUACUAAACUAUUAAAGCGGGGUGAAGUGGAGGUUAUAGAUAGAUGCAUAAAUGAUGAACCAGAUGAUGGUCCUCAACACUACAUCAUAAUACAAGGUUUUCAGAAUCUUCAAUUCCUACUCAUGUUGGGAGAACUCGGAAUUAAUAUAUCUGCUGUAAUAAGAAUCAGUUAUGAAAUGAAUAAGAAUAUUGUGCAGCUGGAUAUUGAUGAAUCUGAGAUGCAACCCCCUCAUUCACCCGAAGCUACUGAAGCAGAGAAGCAGCAGAAAGAGGCAGCUAUCAAAAGCCUGGAAUUGUUUUGGAAGUACCUUGACCCUGUUCUGAAUAGUGGAAAACCUGGAUCUAAACUCUUUGAUAUAGCCAAACUCCAGUAUACAGUGAGGGAAAGCAUGUUACCAGAAGAAUGGAAUGAUGAUGCAAAGCUGGAGCUUGGUACAGCGAUAUUUGAAGAUAUUGCCAGCAUGAUUUAUGAUUGUGAAGACUGGAAACGGCAAUAUCAGAAUUAUCUGCACAAUGUCAAGUUGAUUACUGUCCCUGGAGCUUUAAAAAAUGAAGAGAUACUUGCACUUCACUCUUCUGUCAGCAGGAAGAAACUUUCCUCAGCCAACUUAGCAUCUUAUCUUGAGCAAGAUUCUUCAACUUCACGGGUUGAUAUGAGGUACUACAAUGAUCUAAUGAGCUUAGUGCCUUUGGAGAGUCUCUCUGUGCCUUUAAUAUUACACUGUAUGCUGGAACAGGUUGUUGCAACAGAAGAAAGUCUAACUCCUCCAAGUGAACUUGCUCCUAAGCCACGGAAAGAUGGACUGGAUCAGAGUCUGGCAGAUCACUUACUAUCUUCUGUGGUUAGUCUCUGCAUGUCUGAAGAUGAGAAGCAGAAAAUCAUUAGAGAGCUUAAGAAUCCACAACGCAUGCCCAUGAAUGAGCAUUCUGCACAUCUAACAUUUUACAAUGUAGAGGGAAAACAGAAUGACAUAAUAAAAGGAGAUGAGCCACUACCAAAUGAAGAAGGUGCCAAGCCAAAACAAGAUAUACAGCUACCUGUGUUUGAGGAGGAGAAUCAGAAAGUAAUUGAAAUGGGCAAAUAUGAACAAAAGAGGCCAUAUGGAAAGCAGCCCUUGCUCCUUAAUCUGCAUGACACUAUGACACAGCGGACUCAUCAUCUACAGGUAAUACAUGGCUUUGAUCCUGCUAAAGUUGAGCAGGAAAUGAUGAAGAAGUUACCAAUAACAAAGCUUCUUAAUUUUACUCCCCCUUUGCCUGAGAUUGAUGAUAAACGACUGGCCAGUAUUCAAGAUCUUAUGUACUAUUGUACCAGUGAAAAGAUAACAAGUUCUGAGGUGGAAAGAGCUUUCAAGCAAUUUUUGUUUGAAAGCUUGAAGCUCACUAAAGUGGAUGAGAAUGGAGAAUUGGAAGAAAAGGAAGACACAUUUGAAGAAAAUUUUAAACUGACAUCUAUACCCUGGGAUGACCCUGUCAGCUUUGCAAAAGAAAUGAAAGAAAUUGCUAAUAUCAAGAAGAUUGAUGCACAGAACAAUAAUUCAGGGUACAUAUUGACCAAUGUCUCAGAAGAAUCAGAAACAUGUCCUCUAAAGUUUAAUAGACAAAAUUCUAGGAAAUGCAGCAUGUCCUGUAAGGAACCACUUUGUUCAGAGGAAGUUGUAGGUGCUUCUGAAAUGGUUGAGGAGCAAAGUAGAAGAGAGAGUUUAACUGAAAAGAAUAAAGCUGAAACUCUAAAGACUGAUAUAAAAGAGAUAGCAAAGCUGCAGCUCCGAUCACUGAUGGAAUGGUGUUAUGCUGAGCAGCAUGAUCCAAUUGUUCUGUCACAGGUUCUUCAGGAAGCUGUGCCAUUUUAUAGAUGUGUGGAUACCUACUAUCACAGGCAAGACAACUCCACACUUCUGGUCUUACAUAAUCCCAUGAAUGAACAACGCCAAUGUAAGCAAUCUUGGAAAACAGCCCUGCACUCUGAUGUUGGGUUCAGAUAUUAUUUGGAGUAUGUUGCUUCAUUAAUCUCAGACUGGGUGGAAGAAGAGGAAGUCAAGUAUCAAGAGGAAAUGGCAGCUAAAGAGCUAGAAGCCCAGAAAUUACAAAUAACUCCAUCUGAAGUACCUGUAGAACCUGUAACCAUUUCUGAGAAACCGAAGAAAGGGAAAACUGCUUCAGGAAGUAAAACUCAAUCAACUACUCCAGGACCUCAAUCCAAACCAGAAACAAUUGUUGAAGAAGAAGAUAAAGAAAAAAGUAAUGAACCUUUCAUGCGUGAAGGGUCACUUAAAGCUUGGAAGAAAGAACAGGAAAAAUUGAAAGAGGAAGACCAGAAAAAAGAUAAAAAAGGCAAGAAAGAGAGGGCAGAAAGCAAAAAGAAGGAAGGAAAGACACCAUCUGUGGCAUCUAAAGCAACUAAAUCAGCAAAAAAAUCAGCAAAGCAGGACACUAAAUCCACCAAAGAGCAAGAAACAACGUCAGUGAUUCUACCAGAAGUUGAACAACCAAAUGAACCAAAGGAAGAAUUUUACAAGUUUACUGGCUACAAUUUUGGAAAUGAUUUGAUUCAGGUAUCUGGAGAAAUCAAGUCUCUUUUUCCAGUUGAUGGAGGACACAUUCAAGUGAAAAUCAUAAACUUUUUACAUGGUUCGACAAUAAUUCAGGUAUGUCUAAUGAAGGACAAUCAUCAUUUCUUCACCUACAUCACAGAUCCCAUAAAAAGUUUGGAUGAAAACAAAGUUGUUCCAACAGAGAGAAAACAGUCUGAAACCAGUAAGGAAGAGGGAGAAAGGACAAAGUUUUCUGUCAGCAAGUUUGAAUCAUUCUCAGCUGUCCUUGAUGAUGGAAUAAUUUUAACACUUAGUAAAGAUGGUCCUGAGAAGGAACAGAAGAAAGUUGAAGAAGAUCCAAUACUAGCUGAAAUUUUGAAUAUGCCACCAGUGCAUGCACCUACACCGGCUCCUGUUACUACUCCACCACCCACUGCUAAAACAGAUAAAUCCUCUAAGAAUAAAAGUGCUCCUUCAGGAAAAGGGAAGCAUAAGAAGGAAAUUAUUUCAAGUGCGCCUGUAGAGGAACCACACCAACCAAUCGAAGAACCAAAGGUGGAAAUUCAACAGCCUGAGCUAGUACCUGCACCAACCCCAGAAAAUGUUCCAGAGCCUCCAGUGUUCUUGCGAUUGAAUGCAUGUUCUCCAGAUGGACUGUUGACAACAUUCUUCACAGAGUGCUCCAUUGGUAUUAACAAUGAAGAUGAGUGUGAAGAAAGAAUACUGCUGCGUCAGAGUUAUCCUAUCAAAACUAAAGGCUCCCAACCCUGUGAGGCAGCUCGGAAAUGGCCUGCAAUGCAGGAAGCAUCAAGAGUAAUUACCCUCCAGGGAACUGUGGUAAAGUACAUGAUGGAUGGAUCUACUGAGAUUCUAUUUGCUGAUGGGACUGUGAGCAGAAGUCCAGAUUCUGGUCCCAUUUCCAUUCCACAACCAUCUUUAGUAACAAGAGAACAGCCUGAGAUGAAAGAUCAAGAACCAAAGAAUGGGAAAGAAUUAAAAAGAGCCCUAAGUGAUGAAGGAAAUAAGAGAGGAAAGCAUGGUGAUGUAGAUCAAUCUGCACCAAAAAAUGAUGCAUCUUCUGCAGUAUAUCCUCUACCUGGUACCUGGAUAACUACCACACCAAUUGGGUUAGUUAUAGGAACAAAAGGCACAGAAAAGUUGGAUACAAAACCUAUCUUAGUCUAUAAAGCUACGGAUCCAGGAACAGGAGAAAUAAUGAUUACAAGACAGGACAAGGUAGUUACUGUGUUUGGGAGUGACAACACCAUGGUGGAGCAUGCUGAUGGAACCAGGAUUACAACAUUCUUUCAGGAUGUAUCAAACCCAGAUGACAAGAUGCAAGAUGAAACUGAGGUAAUUCCAGAAAAGGUGACCAGGUGUGUUAAAUGCAUAAAGGUGGAGUGCAUGGGAUUUGCCACAGUUUUAAUGAACUGGGAUGAAUGCACAUGUUCUGCAGUAUUUGGAAAUGGUACGACCAUCAUUGCCAAUCUUCAGGGCAUGUACCAGGUUUUUCCAGCAAGUAUAGGGAGUCUUUUAAUUGACCAGGAUGGAUGUGCUCUAUACACAUCGGGAACUAAUAAUGAUAUUGUAAAACACCCUACUAUCAUUCCUACAGAACUUCAGCCUGGUGCUUAUUUUAUGAAAUGUAACUCACCAAUUAUCUGUGAGGUCAUGGAUCCUGAGGGAAAUUAUUUCCAGGUAAUGUUAGAUGGGAAUAUAUUUGCUGCAAUCCACAGUGACAAACAAAAGAGAAAGGAUGACCAAAGGAUUAAAGAUGAACCCAUCACUUAUACCAAACAUGCCCCAAGAUUGUUUAUUCUGCAUGCCGAUGGCUCAGGAACUGAAUUACUACGAUCAAGUGUUGUAGAAGAAUACAUAUAUCAAGCAUCCUCCAAUUCAACUACUGCAGUUUUGAAAGAACAAUUGCCAGAAUAUCCAGGUGUAUUGGGUAUUACUUUUCUCAAGCCAUCCACCAGGGAUGUUGGAGCACGCUGGCUUAUUAAGAAAGAUACAGCUGAUAUUAUUCCACCUAACCUUCAAUCAAGAAAAUGGAACACUUUUCCUCAAAGAGAGUGCAAGGUACCAGGGCCUCCUAUUGGCAUGCAGCCCUGUGAUCAACAAGUACAACAAGCAGAAUCCCCAUCUCCAGCUGUAUUAAAGUGUCCUGCGGUUCUAGAAGUCCGUCAGCUUUUUCAACAUGAGCCCAUAAACACAGAAAUGCAAUUGAAAAUACAGACCUGCCUUAAGGAAUACAUAGAACGUGUCCUGCAGAAGGAGCAAGUGUUAAAUGAAAUGAGGCUUAAGGAGCCACGUAAUGAAGAAGAGGUUGCCCACGCUGCCAAUCUGCUCAAAUUGGUUCUGUCUUUACCUGAUGAUGAGCUAUGUCAAAUGGAAGAGAAGGAAGCAAAUAAAGUUGAUGUAGCUUCAAUUUAUGAGGAGGCUAUAUCGUCCACUUUCCAGAAUGUAUCUGAGAAGUACACAUGUGAAUGGAUUGAAGCAGACUCAGAGAGCAACCAAAAAUGUAUCUCUGCAUCUCGAUGGCCACAAAUAAUGGAACAAUACAGACAGGAGCUUGAAGCAGAUAAAGCCUGCAGACUAGCUUUGAGGAACAUGAUAGUCCCACCAUAUUUUCUUUCUGAGUUGGACCAGGCUUUUGACACACCUCAGAACUAUGAUAUGGAUUACUUACAAAGUCAGACAAUGAAGAUACAAGGUCCAUCAGCUGAUUCAGGCAUGGAGGUUAUUAAUAGCCCAAUAUACCCAGCUUCAGCUCAUGGAGUAGCAUCAGACACAUGCAGUUUCAAAAGAAGCAGCCUCACACAGCAGAUAGUGACUUCUCAGCAUCAGUAUCCAGGUCCAGAUGUGACUUACAGUCCAACUCCAGAUCCUGGAAUGCAUUCAGACACAUGUCCUCUGAAGAGAAGAGAAAGUUCAUCACAGCAGGCAAUGAGCUCUCAGCAUCAGUAUUCCAAACCAGAUGUGGCCAACAGCCCAACGUACACAAAUCCAGUUGAUGGAAUGGGGUCAGGCGCUUGCAGCCACAGCCCAACACAACAGAUAAUUACCUCUCAAUAUCUAUAUUCUAAGCCAGAAGUCAAUAAAAAAUCAACGCACUCAAGUUCUGCUCAACAAGCAGAGACAGACACAUGUAGCAUCAAAAGAUCUGGUGGCCCAACACAGAAGGAAGUGUUCCCUCAAUGUCAGUAUUCCAAUCCAGAAACCAUCCUGCAAAGAAUUACUGAACAAGACUUGACCUCCCAGAAACCGAACAACCAUUGUUCCUUGCACAAACCGCUUUCCAUUCCAGUAAAUGAAUUGAAAGACAUUGGGACAAUAAAUGGAAUGGUGGAAUACAAGCCAGAAGAGUUGCCAGGUAAUGAAAGUAACAUCAUAUUCCACAAAAGCCUGGUAAUUGAUGCUGCUAGCCAGCCAAGGAAAGAGAAAGUCAAACUUCCUUCUGCUAUUUUGAGCUCAAAGCCUUUUUCACAACCUAAUAAGAAGUUUGCAGUUCUAGAAGAACCAGUCAGAAGAAAAGUCAAUACUGUUUCCAUUACUGGAGCUGUCGCGAGUGGUCUGUUAAAGGAACCAGUACGAGGCUUUGAGUUGUUUCCAAGGAAAAUGAAUUUUGGUGUCCUACAAGAGGGAUUCACUUAUGCCUCAACUGUUUCACUGAGGAAUGUCGGAAUAGACUCAUGCAGAUUUCGAGUGAAGCAGCCACCACCUAGCACGGGGCUCAGAGUGCAUUUUAAACCAGGACCCGUAGCAGCAGGUUUGAAAACUGAUUUGGAAGUUGAGCUUUAUGCCAUGGCAAUUGGUUUGGAGCAUCCUGAAGGAGCAGGAUAUCUUUGUCAUUACCUAGAGAUCCAGACUGAAGCAGAUGAAUUGUUCCUUCCCAUAACUGCAACAGUUUUAACAGAAAAUGUUUACAAGGAAAGACCAGAGGAAUUUCCAAAGGGUGGAAAGGCUGCAGGUGUGCGACUGAUCUGUACUGAGCCCACCUUUCGCAUGGACAUCAUGCGUCCUCGUAGACUUCUGUCAACAGCUAUAGAUCCAGUUGAUAACUGCAUUCCAUGUGAAACCUGAAGAUUCUAACCUGUUGUGAGAGACAAUUUUCAUUAUGAGCCAGCUUUCCAUUUUUAUUAAUCCACCCCACCAUUUUAUUACUUUUCAUUAAAAAACAAUUACUGCUGUGUUAAAAAAUAAGAAUUACCCCAAAUUUUGCAAGAACAUUUUAAGGGAAAUUAUUUUAUCGUCUAAACUUUGUUCCAAUCAAUAAUAAAGUCAAGAAAAUUUGCUGAAAUGUCAACUUCGUUCUUCCAAAAGCUGAAGUAAUUCAAUUUGUUGCCAAGGUAUUUUAAAAGUAUGAUGUUACUAACUGAAAAAAUACUCAUGAUCAACUUAUUUGGGAAAUAAAAUAAAAUCUUCUUACCAUAACUUGU